UGAGACCCUCUUCCUUAAUCCCCAUCUAACCCCAUGUACCCACAGCUCAACCCUCUGUACCCUAUGCAUAACUCCCAUGUGCCCCAGCCCAUUAACCCCCAUGUACCUCACCCCUCGGAGCCUGCCACCUCACCCUCAGCUCCUAUCUCACCUACUGACCUCCCUAUCCCUGAACCCACAUACUCAAUCUGUCCCCCUCCCUCAGUUCCAUCCUGUUCAGAACCUCUGAGCCCCAAUCCCCUAAAUUUCUGUAAGCCCUCUAUAUCCCCUGAACUCCAUUGUUUCCCACCCCAGUGGCUCUCAACCUCUUUAUCUCCUUCCCUCCGCCCUCUCUCCCUGUCUCUGCAUCUGUAGAGGGCUCAGGAAGAAGCUUACCAGCUUAACUUCUCUUUUCUGAUGCCAUGUUGCUCAGCUGAUCUGUGAGCAUGUGUUGAUUCCUCAGGGAAGCACAAAUGAACACCCCCCCCAAACUUCUGAAGCAGGUAGCCCUCUGGUGAGUGGGACAGAGAGUAAGAGAAAGCCAUCAUGUGGGGAAGGGGAGGAGAGCCCUCCGCCCAAAAGAAACACUACAGAAAAGGAAAACGGAAAGUAGAAAAAUUCACAGAAAUGCUAAGAGAAAAGACCCUGGCUUUGUCUACGCUACAAAAUUAAGUCAACCUAAGUUAGGUUGAUGUACAGCCACCACAAUAAUUACUGCAGUGAUUCAUGUCCACACACUGUCCCCUCUGUUGGUGGUGCUCGUCCUCACUAGGAGCACUUCCACUAACUUAACUGUGUGGGGCAUAGUGAGGCACUGACAGCUAGAGCCUCCCCAUCCACCCGGUGCCAAAAGCUUGAGCUGUGAGCCACAUACAAUGGUUUUCGCAGCCAACAGGUGAUGUAAGUAACAGAGUCUAUGCAGACACUGCAUCACCCUAAUUACAUCGAUCUAAGUGCUACACCUCUUGUGGAGGUAGAGUUAUUAGAUCAGUGUAGUGGGCAAUUUAUAUCGGCGGGAGCAAUGUUGUAGUGUACACACUUACAGAGUUAGGUCAGCAUAAGCUGCCUUAUGUUGACCUAACUCUGUAGUGUAGACCAAGUCUUAGAAAAGGACAGAAGACAGGGAGAGAUUAGGCACAGAAUAAAGAAGAGAAGGUGCUAACUGUGGAAGGUACUACACAAAGGGUUAAUAGGACAGUGAGGGAACCCGUCUGCCAAUCUAUCACAAAACCUUAUGACAAAAGAGGCUGAAGAAUAAAGAUCACAAGUAUAAGAUGGGUUCAGGGAUUCACAAACAGGAAUGUUGGUUUUGUCAAUGACAAGACUAUCUGCUAUCCCUGUGGCAACUACAUCCUUUUUGUUGACAUUGAAACAAAGAAGAAGACAGUGCUGAAGUGUAAGAAUGGCCACGUUGGAGCCUUUGCAGUGAAUGGGAAAAGUCAAGUGGUGGCUUUUUCAGACCAGAAGCUAAAUCCUGUCAUCUAUAUCUACGCUUUUCCAGGACUGGUUAAACGGUCAGAAAUAAAAGGGCAGGCUCAGCUGGACUACUCUUUACUUGCAUUCAGUUACACGGGUCCUUAUCUGGCCAGUUACUCUUCAGUCCCAGAAUUUGCUCUUUCGAUAUGGGACUGGCAAGAAAAUAUCCUUUUGUGCAGUAAAUCUCAACCAGGUGUGACAGUGACCUCUAUGAGCUUUAACCCCAUGAACUGGCACCAGCUUUGUUUGUCCAAUGAAAACUCCCUUACUGUCUGGAAUAUCGAGAGGAACGAUCAAGAGCAUCAUCUCAAGUCAAAGCCUGUCAGACUCCCUGCCGAAGAUGGGUCUCUGAUGUAUAACCAGGAUGUCUUUUUUUCACAUCCUGGUAUCCAAGACCUCUACUAUGGUCCUGUGCUGCCGAUUUCAGCCAUUGCUGGGCUGGCAGGGGAUGAAGCAGAGACAUUUAGGCCUAAAGAUGACAUCCAGCUUUCAGUCCACCCUACUGUCCACUGCUGGACUGCGACGUCUGACCUGUAUAUGGGCUGUGAAGAGGGACAUUUUUUGGCAAUUAAUGUUGAGACACUCAAAGCUUCUCUUCUCUGUUACAAACCUCUACGAGAUGCUAAAGAACGAAGGCAAACACAGUUUCAUUCCUUACCACUUCUUUCUGAUGAUAGUUUGAAAAAGGAAGAAGACAAACGGAGAAAACAAAAACCUGUUUUGCUUGCUAUGGCAUAUCAUAAGGAUGGACUAUAUGCAGCUGGAAGUGAUGGUAUUGUGCACUUUUACCAAAUCAAAGGCACACACUAUCAGAUGGAUAAUUGCUUUGAUGUAUCAGAACCCAUAAUCAACCUCGUUUUCUCCCCUGACUACAACAUAUUACUAAUAGAAACAGACAAGGGAUCAGUCUAUGUCUAUAAACCUUCACAGAAUGAGGAAGUCGUCAAACUCUUGGAUGCAUGCAAUGAUCAUUUCCUGUCAGCUGAUUUUCUUACUCCAGGGAACAAGUAUUGUGUGUCUGUAGCAAUUUCAGGGGAAGUGCAUGUUUGGCUGCUGGAGGAUGGAGCUUUCAUCAGCAAGCUCUGCCUGAAUACACAGGCAACUGCUAUGGUUUGCUGCCCCUCCUCAUAUAGUGUUGCUGUGGGGACCAAAGUGGGUCAUGUCUAUUUCAUUGAUGUUACCAAAGUUGAAACACCACGUGUGGUUCACAGAGUUCUUCUUUCCAACUUACCUGUGCAGCAUCUGCAAUAUGAUCAGAGUGGUCAGUACCUCAUAACUGGAGCUGCAGAAGGACAUAUCUUUAUUUUAGAUGCCCGGCCCUCAAAAUUAUUCCAGGUUCUUGGAUACUUAGUGAUGAGUAGUGAAGUCCUAGGCCUUUCUACAAUAUAUGAUGUGGAGAGUGAAUUAGUUGAGGUGAUGGCACUUCUUUGUCCACCAGACAUCAGAAGAGCAAGAUUGGAAAUCUUUUGUCUGCCUUCAGCAAUCACAAUAGACGAGUGUAUUGAUGAAAGAGGGAUGCUAAAGAACCGUGUCAUUCAGAAGCGCCAGUACGAACUAGAAUACCCCCUGUCCUCAGCAGUCAGACAGAAAGAUGACACUGUGUAUGGCUACUGCAAACUCGCACCUUUCAUCUAUAAAUACCAUCUCGCCAAAAAGAAAACCUGGAAAGAUGCAUCAGUUACUUUAUCAGAGAAGAGGAUUCCAAGCAACCAGUUUGCACCAGGAUUCCUCCAUUUGUCACCUAACAGCCAGCUGUUGGCAUCAGUGGCUAAGGAUGGAGUAUUGUUUAUCCGUGAUGCUGUUACUUUGGAAACAGUUGCUUGGGAGCAUUGCCAUUCUUACCACGGACAGGGAAUUGGAUCCUUGGCAUUUUCAUUGGAUGGCCAGUUCAUACUUGUCAAUGGCAUGGAUGAUGGUACCCUUGUGUGCCUAAAAUGGAAGACUGGAGAAGAUGAAAUUAAGGAGGCUACUGAUUAUUGGCGACUCAUUCUCGCCAUUCUGAACAACUCAAUUUACAAUGAAAAUAUUGUUUUAAAGUCCAUGGAGGAGUGGAACAUUGCUUCAGAGUCCCUACUGGAAUCAUCCUUGGAAACGGAAUCUCAGGAAACUCUCCAGAAGAAACCAAGUGUGGAGGUGAUGGAUGAAGAUAGCUACCUCAACCUGAACGUACUCAAUACUGAUGAAAUGACCUGGCUCAACCAGAAAGUACAGAAGGCCAUCAAAGAAGAGAUCAAGAAGUUUGCUGACAAGAGGAAAGAACUGAAAAAAGGAAUUAAAAAGCUCCGUAAAACUAUUCAGGAAAUGAUGUAUGAAAAUGAACAGGUGCCUGAUAUUGAGAGACUGGACCAGCAGGAAUUCAACCUGGACAUCGAAGAACAGGAAAGGAUGCAAGUGGAGAGUGAACAAUUAGUGGCCAAGGUAAGGAAGGAGAUUGAGAUGGAGAAUCUAGCCAAGUGCUAUCUGCGUGACAUCAUCAAAAAGGAAUGCUGGGACUCCAUGUCCAUAAAAGGUCGUGCAAUUAAGUGCUUCCAUGCAGCCUAUGAGGUGAAAAAUUACCCAAUGAAAGAACGUAGUAAAGAAGAGUUGGAAGCCUUGGAAACGGUCCUGCAGUUAAAGAAGUUCGAGUCAGCUGAUUUUAAGAUUCGGAAGGAGACUGUUGAGUUUCAGCUUCAGGCUGUACCACCUAAGGAGGAAGGGGAGAAGGUGGAAGAAGAACCUGUGACUGAUGAGGCCCCCUCCAAUUCCCUGAUUGGGAGCCUGAGUGCUCAGUUUGGGGGAGACACAUCCAUCUUAUACCACCAAAUGGACCUGCACACCAGGGAGGAGAAGAUUAACCAGAUCAUAUUACUGCAGGACAUCAUUUACAAAGUGAAAACUGCCUUUAAUGAGGAGUUUGACACCGUCGCUCGACAGAAGGAGCAGGAGAUUGCACGUGUAAAGGAAAGGAACCUGAGGAUCCAAGAAAUCGUGGAACAGCUCGAACUCCAGGAGGAGGUCUGGGAGCCAGUUCUGACAGAUGAUGAGAUACCAGAGCAAGCUCUCACUGUCCAGGAUUCAGAGAUUAAAGUUGAAAAAUACCUUACCCCAGAGCAGAGAGCGAAAGCGGAGAUGAUGGCUAAGGUUGAAAUGGAAAGACGUCUUGCUGCUCUGAACAGCGCAAGACAGCGUGCCCUUUAUGACAUGAUGAGUGGGGUCCUAGAAAUCAAAAAGGAAGACAUCUUGAAGAUUGAGAUUCCCCCACCUCCUUUUGUUUAUAAACCUGAUACCCUUUGGAAUGAAGAAGAAAAAAAAGUAUUCAAGGAAUUUGAGAAAAAAGUUAAGGAGCUGAAUGAAGAAAGGGAAAAAUACAGAAAGACACUAGAAACUGAACUGAAGAAACUUCAGACCUCCAUUCAGGAAACAACACAAACUUUUGAUGACACAGUGAGCAAGCUCUUUGAGUGGAAAGUUAAAUCAGAGAUGGUCAUAUACCAGGAGGAACUCAAAAUAAACAACCUCCUUUACUCUUUGCUGUUGGAUGAAGAGCUGAGCACAAGAGAAGCUGGACUGAAUCACUUCCUUGACAAGAAGCGGAAGGAGAAGCUCAGUACUGCAGAGGCGGUCCAGGUUGCACGAGCACAAUAUGAUGCUUACAGGGAGACCUAUGACAACUUAUCAGCUGAAGACAAAAUUCUGGAACGUGGCUUUAAAAAGGAAUUUUCUGAUGUUCCGGCGCAUCACAUUGAUCAUCUUUUCAAACUUUACAAACGCCGACCACGAGCCCAGAAGAUCAAGAUGCACCUUGACACUGCUAACCCUUAUGGAGAUCAGCCAGGCUCAGCCAGAGCUUACGAAGAGGCACUUGCCCAUUUAAUGAAAGCCAUAGAUGAAAUGGAUGACCCUGAAAACAUGCCUGAGGGAUUAGACCUGACGGUCUGGGAACGUUUUUGUUUGGCUAGACGAACAAAAGUGGAAAGCGAACAGCUGGUGAAACAGAAAGCCCUGACGCUAGCGGAGAUGCAGGCCUUUCUCCAGAAAAGGAUGGAUGAUGAUGAGAAGAUAAGGAUGGACAUUGAAAAAAUUUUAAAUGAACUCAAUACGCUACGAGAGGAAAAGAUGAGGUUUCAACUGGAUUUGACUAUCCAAUUUCUGCUUAAACAAGGACAGGUGGAAUUGGAGUGUACUGCUGAGCUAAUACCAGAUUAUACUGAUGCUAUUCUCAUUCACAAGAGUGUUAUUGAAGAACUGAAUUGCACAAUCCGGGCUCAAGGAGAAAAGAAAAUUGCUAGCAUGGUGGAAAGUAAAGACUUCUCCAAAGGGAUAUUUCAGCUGGAAUGGGAACAUAAAAAAUUGAAGAUGCUGAUGGAAGAUCUAAACCAGAGGGCUCGGGAUAUUCAAAAACUGCAUGUUUCACGCGAUCGGCAGCUCUUUCUAAACGUACUAAACUAUGACAGCCGUAUCACCCAACAAGUUUCAGUAAUGGAGCAGACGCUUGGUGUGAUGGAUAAGCUGCACAAGAAGAAGGUGAAGAACUGUCAGAAAGUAUUUAAAGAUCUGGAGAAGCGCAUCUGUCUAAAGGAACAAGCAAACUACAAACUCGGCCAUGAGCUUCAAGAAAUGCUUGUGUCUGUUUCAGAAAGGCGGCAUAUCUUUGAAGCAGCUGACACACAGCUGGUUUCUGAAAAAGCUGCAAAGGAGCAUUACCAAGAUAUUGUGCAGCGACGACAGUUAGUGGAUCUUGCAAAAGAACAGGCCCAGGAGAUUGCAGUUCUUCAGGCAGAAGUUGAAAGGCUGAGAAUGAGAACAUUUCCUGCCCUUUUUGAAACAGAAUAUUAGCAGAAGGGUACUUCCACCAACAUAAACACAUAUGAGUUCAUCAUUGCUUAUCUCCUUUGCUUAUCGUAGAUACAUCUCUCUACAAAAGAAUUGAUUUCUUCCUUUUACUAUUUUAAAAUAUUUUACUAGACUGAGUAUGAAAGCUAUUUUGUACAUUUUAUACCCAAUUUUGGUGUGCCUGUUAAACUGCAAUUUAUGAUUUCAUAGCUUAAUGACAGACAUGUGUUUAUUACUAUAGAAAUAGAUGUUUUGAACAACAUAGUCACCUUGUGUAUUCUGUGGUCAGCAAUGUACGUUCCUAUGAUGCUGAAGAAUGGAAGUAAUUCAGGAAACCCUGAAUUGUAUUUACUUAGGAAAAAAAUAUAGGGCAAAAUUGCCAAGUAGUAUAACUAAAAAUAGUUUUGUUAAAAAUCAAAUUACUAGUAUACAUGUUGAAUGAAAUCACAAAUAUACUGAUUUAAAAUAAAUCAGUUCAUCAUCAUUGCUACAUACCACCAUCAUAACAAGCAGCAUUAGGUGCACUUUACCUUGAUUAUAUUAAAAUUAAAAAAAACAACAACGCUCCUGCUUCAUUUAACUCCCAAGUCUUGAGUUCAGGAUCCCAUAUUUUACCUCCUUAGUUGAUGCCAUUGCACACUGAACAGGUCAACAGCUGUUAAUAUCACAGGAAAAAGACACCUAAAAACAAUGCUGAGAGCAGUUUUUUCAACUGCUGUAAUUGACAUGAUACCAAGCCUUCCAAGUUCAGAAUUGUGUAAGUGAAGUAUGAACUGUUUUUCAAAACUCUUAAAUUCUGGAAGAUACAAUUUAAGUCUACACACGCUGUAAAUAAUUUUGAAUCCUAAAGAGUUGAACAUCUUUUCAUUUUUAAACCAUUAUUAGAUCUUAUUUCUGCUCUUAAAUUUUAUUCCACUUCACUGUAUUUAAAAAAAAAAAAAUGUAACAGUCCGUAGAUUAAAUAAGCCUCAUUAGAGCUACCCUACUGAACCCUUCUUAAACAGUUUCUACUAUAUGCUCCACUAGUGGAGUCCAACUUCAGAUGUGUUGGCAUGAAAUUUCUUCUCAGACCACUUCUCCCCCCAAAGAGAUGGGAAGCAGAUAAGGAAAUGAGGAACCUUUAGUAAAUUCUACCAUGUGGUCUAAGAUGGACCUUCACAGGAAUUUCCUGCCAUUACAAUUUCCCCCCACCUGUUCUGAAUUGUUUCUUCCCUCAUCUUUCCUAGGAAAUAUGCCUCAAGUCGGAGCCCCAUUCCAAGGUGACAUCACUAACAGCAUUAAUACUUCGUUUAGGAAAUACAUUUGUUAAAACUUCUCAAUUACUUUUGCUGCCUCCUUCUAGAUCUGACUUCUGUUUAUUGCUUUAUCAUUUUAGGGGUUGAAUUCCAAUCUAGCAGAACCAAAGAGCCCUGGGAGGGAAGCUAAUCCCUUCUGGAUGCCCCAUCUUCUUACCCAAGCCACUGUUUCAGCCCCUUUUUCAUCUUAGUAACUACACAGAUUAUCAAAUGAUUUAACAAUAAACACUGCUUAUAUAAAUUCACAGUUAGCAGUAAAAUUCACCUUCCACCCAAGAGGGCCUUGCUGCACAAUUUAGGUCUAGUGUCACCUGAUAGACAGGAGCAUGGUAAUCUGGAACAGCAAAACGAAAAUAUGCUACUUCUAAACUCAGAUUUUUCCGGAUUUCCCUGCAGGUACAUGGGAAGUGUCUCAGUGUUGAGGAAGGGAGUAUAAAUUGUCACAUGCACAAUAAAACAAAGUUACAGCAGAUUAGGAAUCUGUAUGUGUACAACAAAUUGGUGCAUUCUGAAGGUGUGGGGGGUAGUUGGGGUUCUUAUAACCUUACACUGGAUGAAAAGUGUUUCAAAGU